AUGAUUGACUCAGUUGCAAACGAGGAGUUCGUUUGGCAACCUGAGUUUGUUCAGCAUUUUCUGAGGUUUCUGAUGCCGCAGAGUUUCGGAGAGCAUGUGGAGGACUUCAGUCCUCCAGCCUCCGGAAGGGCCUCUGUUGACCACACAACGGUGUUCAACGCUGCCACCCGGGCUGAACUGCAUCUCACCGAAUCCCUGGAAAGGAUCGAGGAGCUGGAGGAAGAAUUGCAGGACCUGACUCGAAUGGUGCGGGAUCUGCAAACAGUUCAUGAGGUGCUACCCAGAGCCCUCGAGGCGCACACGGCCAAGGUCCGUUCGCUGCACCCAGAGGAAGAGGAAGAGCUCCUCCACCACUUCCUCAGGAGGGGAAACGUGGUGGAGACGUGCAUUGAAAUAAUCAAUCACGGCGAAGGCAUGGUCCGCGUGACCACGGAUAGGGACGAAUUCUUCUUCGCCCCUAUGCGGUCGGGCAAGAAGAAGAGGUUCAACCUCUUCCGCUCGGACAAAUCGUGGCGCGCGGACCACCCCUGGGUGCGGCUGCACAUGGGCCAAUUGCGGUUGAUCAACUAUGGAAGGACAGCGCCGCUCCCAGACCACUUCGCCAAAUUCCUGCUGAGGAAUUUGGCCGGAAUAUCGGAAGUGAGGUUAGAAAAUGUUCACUGCGACUCUCUUUAA